AUAUCAAUAACAAAAAAAACGAAUCGUACUGCUCAUCUCCUCUCAUGCAGUUUUGAAAUCUAUCAGCGCUCACUGAUCUUAUUUGCGUUCCAAGGGGUGUUCGCAAGAUGCCUGUCACAUUUUUGGACUGAAGCAGUCACAGGCUGCUAUUUGUAAUCUGUAACAGGUUUUAGACUGGGUACAAACUAAACUGAUGCUGAAUUAUAAAUGUUUUGGCAAUGGAGAAAAAAACUGCUUUUGGAUUACAUCGACUUUGCGUUAUCUUGAUUUUGAGUCUAUCUGCUUUUCCCUAUUCCAAAGGAAGCUGGGCGUGGCUGGGAAUUACAUCCCUAGGAAUCCCUGAAAAGCUGGGAUGUGCAAAUCUACCUCUGACAAAUAAACAGAAAGAUCUUUGCAAAAGAAAACCGUAUCUUUUGCCCAGCAUCAAAGAGGGAGCUCGGCUGGCGAUACACGAGUGCCAGAGUCAGUUCAAAAACGAGAGGUGGAACUGCUCCACGACAUCAGAUCAGUCGGUAUUCGGAUACGAACUUACAAGCGGAACAAAGGAGUCUGCAUUUAUUUACGCAGUGACUGCAGCAGGCCUGGUGCAUGCGGUGACCCGCUCAUGCAGCGCAGGAAAUAUGACCGAGUGCUCAUGUGAUACCAGCCUGCAAGGAGGGGGCUCGCCCAGUGAGGGCUGGCACUGGGGGGGCUGCUCCGAUCACAUCCAGUAUGGAAUGGGGUUCAGCAGGAAGUUUAUUGACAACACGGUGAAGAACAUCUCUGUCAAAGGGGGAGGUGCCCUUUUAACCAUGAAUCUACACAACAGCGAGGCUGGCAGGCAGGCCAUUGGGAAGAUGAUGUCUACUGACUGUCGCUGCCAUGGAGUGUCUGGGUCUUGUGCAGUGAAGACCUGUUGGAAAACCAUGUCCUCUUUUGAGAGGGUUGGUCGUUUCCUGAAGGACAGAUAUGAAAACAGCAUUCAGGUCCUCGACAGGUCAAAAAAGAAGGUGCGGAGGAAAGAGAAGGACCACCGCAGAGUACCCAUCAGCAAGGAAGAGCUGAUCUACGUGAACAAGUCCCCGAACUACUGUCUUGAAGACAAGAAGUUAGGAAUUGCUGGGACUCGUGGUAGAGAGUGUAACCGCACUUCCACUGGGCCAGGUGGGUGUAAUCUGCUGUGCUGUGGCCAGGGUUACAAUACUCACGUGGUCAGACACGUGGAGAGGUGCGAGUGCAAAUUUGUGUGGUGUUGCUACGUGCGCUGCAGACGGUGUGAAAGCAUAACUGACGUGCACACCUGCAAAUAGCAGCCUGACACCCAGGCACAGUUAUUAACUAUUAGAACAGAACCAAACAUGGGGAUGGAACAGAAUAAAAAGAAGGUCAUGAGUCUUUCUGACGUAAACUCAGGAAAAUUAGCAACCAUUUGCAAAAGAUGCACAGAAGCAUAAUACAAGGAAACACUAAAACAAGGAAACACUAAAUAAAACAUCACUGUGAUCUGGAGAGGUAACGCACCACCACAGCCACAAGAGGUAUCCAACGCAAAGAACAGUUACAUAAAACAACCCGCAAGGAAUCAAGACUGGCAGUUUGUUGAAAACAAAAUGGCUGACUGCAUAUGCCUCCAAAAACAAAUAAGGACAAAAUAAUUACACAAAUUUAAAAAAGUAAUUUCAACAUGCAUUAAGUAUUAUUAUUCACUGAAGUUACACAGAGGGGGAUGCAAAGGAAACGGGGACCACAGCAGAGCAAAAGAGAUUUAAAAAAAAAGGUUUUGUAAAACAAAACCAACCGUUGGGCAAAAGCAAGAAUAUCCAAACAGAAUGAAGACAAAAAUAGUUUCUUUAAAAAGUCCAUAAUAUAGUACUUCACUAUAUUAUAGAAUAUGCCUUAAUUAUUAUAUUUUUUAAAAAAAGAGUAUUUGUUUUAAUUGUAACUGAGAUAUAUUUUAAAAAAAAAAUA